AUACUCUUUGAGUAUUAGUCAAGUGUCACGUAAAAAUUUACGGUUAGAAGGUUAGAAUAAUUUUAUUAGAUUUAGAAAUAGAUUGGAAUUAGACAUAAGAGUUAGAUUGGGUAUUCCUUGACUUAUACUUGGUGUUAUUUAAUGAUAUACAAAGAGUGACUUUAUUCUUUAUGAUUUAGUGAAACUAACUUUAUUUACUUUGAUACAUAUUUUUUCAUACAUUGGAAGCUUCGUGUGGUUUGCAGUUACCAAUCAAAAUGGAGGCGUUAUCAGAUGUUCUGCAGCCGUACAAGGAGAUAGUGGGGAGCGUGGCUGGGAUCGUCACGGUCGCUCAGAUGUUCUCUGGCUCCUUUAUUUGUUACGAUAUCUACAAGCAGGGGAACACCAGGGGAAUCGGCAUAGCGCCCUUCCUCGGUGGUAUUGUCAUGAGUUUGCUCAAUUUAAAAUACGGCUUCAUCCUCCGCGAUGAUAUGAUGAUCCAAGUUAACUUCGUCGGUUUGGGGAUAAACUUGCUGUACGUUCUGAUAUACUUCAACUACACGACGGAGAAGGUGAAAGUGUGGGCGAAAAUGGGUCUGGCGGGCGCCUUCACCGCCGCACUGCUGGGCUACGCCGAGAUGGAGGACCCGAAGCUCAUCGAGAACAGAUUCGGCACCAUAAUAACCGCCUUCAUGUUCUAUUUGAUAGCAUCGCCGCUGUUUUCCUUGGGCGAGAUCAUAAAGAACAAAAGCACGGAAGGGUUGCCCUUCCCCAUCAUCUUCUCUGGAUCUAUUGUCACCUUCAUGUGGUUGCUGUACGGCAUCAUCCUGAAGAACAAGUUCCUAAUUAUGCAAAACUUAGUGGCUCUGGUGCUCUGCGCAAUUCAACUUUCACUAUUCGUCAUCUAUCCAUCGAAACCCGUUGGUAAAGCGAGAGCUAAGGCACAGGCUAAGGCGAAAGCAAAGAAAGCUGAUUAGAUGAAGUCAUGAAUUUACUUAUUUUUAAUGUUGCAACAAAACGGUGAUAUCAAAUUAGAACAAUGUUAAUUUCAAUUUGGAGGGAAUAAGAUAAAAGCUAUGGCGGGAUAUUGUUCGCAAAUGUAUUAUUAAAUACGCUUGCGAACAUACUACAUAUUAUUUAAGCCCCUGUAUUAUCUAUAUAUGAUUAUCGUGUAUAUGUUUAUAUAAUAGUUUGAAAUGGAUUACAUAAACGUGGUGCGAUGUGCAUUAAAUGCAUACGAAUGUAAACUAUCAGUGAAAAGGAUAACACAAAUUCUCCGAUGGUCACAUACCUUAAGUUUUUGUUUCCAUUUUGCCACAUUGUGACAUCUUGCCUAAUAUCUUCAUCUACAGUUUACUGUCAUCUGUCUUCAAAAUCUCCCAAAAUCUUCCAAACUCUUUGCAAUGUACGCCUCAAUAAAAAAAAAAGUGAACAAAAUACUUAUCAUACAAGACUUUACGGGCGCAGAUAUCUUUGCCUUUCAAUCAUUAAAAAAUUGCAUUUUUCUUCUCCUUUUAUUCCGUUUAGUAAUUGUGAAAUUGACCCUAUAAAUUUGCAUUUAUACGCCUACUAUUGUAGCAUUAUUCUUUACGUUUGUUGUAUUCAUAUUUAGUAUUUUUUAAAUAUUUUCAUAGCGAAUUUAAUAAACGCAACAAAGUUGCAGAAUAGUGUGAUUAGCCCGUUGAGCGUAGUGUCAACGAAGAUGUGUAUUUUUAUGCAAAGAAACUAAGAAAACCAAUUAAAUUAGAUAGUCUAUUUUUGAUAUCGAUAGUCCAUUGUUGGCGUGUUACGUGUUUAUAAUAAUAUGUGUUGCAAAUAAAGAACAAACUUUGUAUGAAGCUACCUAUUUAAUUUUAUAAUCUAAAAUUAAAUGUAAAGCCUUAUAUUUUAAUUUCAUAUUAUUUUGGUGAAUUAGAAGACAUCUUUAAGGCUAUUGUCUUCCAUUUUUAUUGUAUGUACUUGAAUGUAUUUAUACAUUAUAUAAUAUAACUGUUUAAUACCUCGACAUUUCAAAUACCAUUCCAUUAAAUCUUGGUUAAUUGUUUUUUAUUUCUUAGUAGGACAUACCUUAAACUCAACCACUUAAUUUAUAAGAUGAUGUGAUAUAGAACAAUUGUUUACUACCAAGUUAAUGAAUUGAAAAUAAAUACAAAUGAACUGCUUAUUAAAUCUUUACAAUUUC